GCGCAUGCGUUUUCGUGCCGCAAACGGGAGAGGGGGCUGCUCCCGGCAGCGCGGCUGUUCCUGUCCGUCCGCCUCCCUACGGCGCGCGCCGGCCCUCGCGGCUGCGCGAGCGAGGGUGAAGUGCGCGUAGCGUCCCGGCGGCAGCGGAGCUGUGGGAACCUCCCCUGUCUCGGCGCUGUGGCUGUGCUGUGCUGUGCUGCGCUGGGCUGCGCUGGGCUGGGCUGUGCUGUGCUGUGCCCGCCCUCUUCCUCGUUCUCUCCCCCCUCCUUCCCUUCCUGGAGGGGGUGUCGCUGCGGGUGCAGGGAGCUGGCGGUGGCGGGUGAGGAGAAGCGGGGCGGGGGCCGCGGCCGGCUCGUGAACCGGGGCAGCCCCCAUACCGCCCCCCGUUUCUCCGGCAGCCGUUGGGCAGCGGCCGUCUGCGGGUAACGGCCGCCCUCGCCUUACGCUCGUCCCGACCGGCGGCUUCUUCCUCGGGCGCCCUGCGUCGCGCGGGGCCGGGCAGCCGCCUGUGCCCGGCGCCCGUCUCGCGGGCCCGGCGGGGCUCCGCUCACUAUGAAGAAGUUUUCUCGGAUGCCCAAGUCCGAGGGCAGUGGCAGCAGCGGGACGGCGUGUGUCGGCUCCGGCGGCGGGGGGAGCGGCGUCGCCUUGGGCAAGGUGUUCGCCGUCGGACGCUACCAGGUCACUCCUGAGGAGCUGUUGGCUGAAGGUGGCUUCUCAACUGUAUUUCUUGUACGUACCCAUGGUGGGAUACGUUGUGCGCUGAAACGAAUGUAUGUUAAUAAUGUGAUGGAUCUCAACGUAUGCAAGAGAGAAAUUACAAUUAUGAAAGAGUUAUCUGGGCACAAGAAUAUUGUGAGCUAUUUGGAUUGCACUGUUAACUCUAUUAGUGAUAAUGUUUGGGAGGUGCUUAUUCUCAUGGAGUACUGUCGAGCUGGGCAAGUUGUGAAUCAGAUGAAUCAGCGUCUGCAGACAGGCUUUACUGAAUCAGAAGUAAUGAGAAUAUUUUGUGAUACCUGUGAAGCUGUUGCUCGGUUGCAUCAGUGCAAAACACCUAUAGUUCACCGGGACCUAAAGGUGGAGAAUAUAUUGUUAAAUGAUGGCGGCAACUAUGUUCUCUGUGAUUUUGGCAGUGCCACAAACAAAUAUCUUAAUCCUCAAAAAGAUGGUGUUCAUGUGGUUGAAGAAGAAAUUAAAAAGUAUACAACCCUAUCGUACAGAGCUCCCGAAAUGAUCAAUCUUUAUGAAGGAAAACCAAUUACUACCAAGGCAGAUAUCUGGGCACUCGGCUGCUUGCUGUAUAAGCUUUGUUUCUUUUCACUUCCCUUUGGAGAAAGUCAAGUUGCUAUUUGUGAUGGAAGCUUUACCGUUCCGGACAAUUCCCGAUACUCUCAUAGUAUACACUGUUUGAUAAGAUAUAUGCUUGAACCAGAUCAGGAACAGAGACCUGAUAUCUUUCAAGUGUCUUACAUUGCCUUUAAACUUGCCAAAAAGGACUGUCCAGUGUCUAAUAUGAAUAAUUCUCCUCUCCCUUCAACUCUUCCUGAACCCAUGACAGCUAGUGAGGCAGCUGCUAGAAAAAGCCAAAUAAAAGCAAGAAUAAGAGAUACCAUUGGACCAACAGAAACCUCAAUUGCACCGCGACAAAGACCAAAGGCCAAUUCAAGCACUGCCACUUCUAGUGUGCUGACCAUACAGAGCUCAGCAACUCCAGUCAAAGCACAAAUUCUUGCCGAAUUUGGUAAUCAUGGGCAAAAAGGAACCACACGGCCAGGGAAUGGACAAGAAAUGUUACAGUCCCCAGGAACCAACCAACAUCACCCACAGCAGAACAGAGUUCUCCAGCAACUGCAGCAAGGGGACUGGAGACUACAGCAGUUACACCAUCUGCCGCAGCAGCAGCCUACAAUUCAGCAUGCUUACAUUCAGCAGUAUCAACAAGUGAUGCACCAGCAAAUGGUCCAACAACAGCUGGUGAUGCAGUCCAUGUACCAACAGCAGCCUCCACAGUAUCCUGCUAUGCAAUAUCAGCAGGCUCUCCUACAGCAGCAGAUGCUUGCUCAACAGCAACAGCACUUGCAACAGGCGUGGUCUCCUGAAUAUAUCACUUCUCCACAAGACUUCUCACCAGCCUUAAUUUCCUACCCUGGGUCCCUUCCAGUGCAUGCUGGAACAGUGGCAGAUUGUCCCUACCCUGCAAGCAGGUCAGGUAUUCCUGAUGCUGAGGCAAUUGCCACUUACUCAAAGCAGAACAUCAAUAACCCACCUGAUAUGUCAGGCUGGAACCCAUUUGGAGAGGACAAUUUUUCCAAGUUGACAGAGGAGGAGCUGCUGGACAGAGAAUUUGACCUGCUAAGAUCAAGCAGGCUGGUGGACAGGAGAACAUCUUCAGAUAGGAAUGUGAAGUCACACACUGCUCCACAGAAAAAUACUUCUGAAGAUCCCUUUGGUUCAGUUCCUUUCAUUUCUCAGCCAGGUUCCCCUGGAAAACAAGUGGAUAACUCAGCCAGCAAUCAAGGAAAUAAUUUAGGGAGCCCAAACAAGGUUGGAAAACUGAGCCGUGGGAGUAAAACUACAGAGGGAGAUGUGACAAAAAGUGGCAAUGAAUCAGAGAGUGAUUUUGAAUCUGAUCCUCCUUCUCCCAAGAGCAGUGAGGAAGAAGAACAGGAGGAUGAAGAAGUCUUGCAAGGAGCGAAUGGAGACUUCAAUGAUGACAAUGAUACAGAACCAGAGAAUUUAGGCCACCGGCCUCUCCUCAUGGACUCUGAGGAAGAGGAGGAAGAGAAGCAAAGUUCUGACUCUGAUUCUGGUCGUACCAAGCAAAAAUCUGUGGAAGGUCUUCCGAGCAGUAGGUUCAGCUGUGGCAUUGCCAGUGGUGAAAUCAAAGAACCCAGUUUAAUGCACACACCCUUGUCUGAGGUGCCAAGUACUGUCAUCAAGGUGAGCCCUGGCCAAGAAUUUGAUGUGUUUGGGGCAGUGCCCUUUUUCACUCUUCAGCCUCAGGCAAGAGAGAAGAGGGACAAAGAUGUCUUUGCUCAGACUGCUUUUCCCAGCCUAAACGAAGAGCAGGAUGACUUUGAUGUUUUCACAAAAGCCCCCUUCAGCAAAAAGGUGUCUCAGCAAGAUGGCCAGGUGGCAGAAACUAAGACUCUGCUCUCCCCCACCUCUCCACAGAGUGUCGAUAUUUUCGGCUGCACCCCAUUUCAGCCUUCCCUUCUCCCCAAGACUGGUGGGAGUAAAGAGGACCUAUUUGGGCUGGUUCCUUUUGAAGAGGUCACAGGGAGUCAGCAGCAGCAGAAGGUGAAGCAGCAGCGUAACCUGCAGAAACUUUCUUCCCGCCAAAGGCGCAUGAAACAGGAGGUCUCAAAGAACAAUGGGAAGCGCCACCAUGGCACCCCAACCACCACGAAGAAGGCAUUGAAGCCAAGCUACCGCACCCCUGAGAGAGCCCGCAGGCACAAGAAAGCAGGCCGCAGGGACUCGCAGAGCAGCAAUGAGUUCCUGACUAUCUCGGACUCCAAAGAGAACAUAAGCAUUUCAUUGACUGACAGCAAAGAUCGGAGCAACCCUCUGCAGACAGAUGAGAGUCUGCUGGAUCCUUUUGGAGCCAAACCCUUCCACCCACCAGACUUGUUGCGGCAUCCUCAGCAUCAAGGUUCCAGUGACAACCGUGGAGAUCAUGGCACUGCAGUAGUGGCUGGUAGACCUAGGCAGAGCUCCUUGCAUGCAGCUGUUCACAGUGGUGACGGGCUGAAAAUAGAUGACUUUGGUGCAGUACCCUUCACAGAACUGGUUGUGCAGAGCACGCAGAGCCAGCAGCAACAGGCACUAGAGUUAGAUCCCUUCGGAGCAGCUCCAUUUCCUUCCAAACCAUAAAAGCUUCCAAUGGGUUCCACCCCUCCACCUCUCUGAGCUGCUUCAUAGAGGUUUUAAUUAGUGGAGUAAUUUAUCUGGUUGAAUUGACAGGGACCUGAGUUGUACAGUUCGUUCAAGUUCAAGAAGGCACAGCCAGCUUGCAUGAUGUAAUGAUGGUGAAUUUAUAUUGUUGGGUUUUAGUUUGUUUGUUUUCUGAGAGAAAUAGAAAAAAAACACAACAGUAUUAUUGGUUAUGACAGAUGGCUGCCAGAAUGAAAAGAGAGAUCAGAUACGAAUCAUUGCCUGUCACAGACUUUGAGCCCUGGAACGUGAUAUCAUUUUGUACUUUUGCAUUGCCUUUUCAGUCCUCUGUGAUGUGCUGAGGUGGAGGGAGAGGCAGAGAUCACAUGAAAAAAGUUUUACAUACGUGUGGGUAGGCUAACAGAACUGUGACGGUUCAUCGCAUCUCAGUUGCAGUAGACCUAAGAACCAAAAUGUACUAAUAUCCAGACUGAUCUGCUGGAAAUAGUUGAGUCUUUGCUUCCUAGCUAAACUACCUUGGUUAAUCAUAGAAAUAAAGAAGCAAAGUCCUCAAGGGGUUGUGGCCCAGAAUUCCAGAGCACAUCUGUGGCUUGGGACCUAGUAGACAUCUGUGCAGCUGCAGAGAUGAAAUGCAAAUUAUUUUUGUGUGUGCCUAAGUAUUCAGGGGUUUUUGGGUUUUGGUUUUUGUUUUGUUUUGUUUUGUUUUUUACGAUAAGUGCCGUUAAUAUAAAAUAGCAAACUGGAAGUUUAGAGUUAAAACUAAAGAUGCAGAGAAUGUAAUGGUUUAUAAGACAGAAAGCCUGAAUGUAGGGGAGUAAACCAGCAGGCAUGCAUCCAGUGUUUGCAGCACUUUUUGAGACUACUCAGUACACUGGGAAGAAAGGCUAGUUUACACAAGUAAAUAAUUUGCCAUAUAUGGAACGUUUUAUAUGUCUUGUAUAGUUGGCCAUGAGGUGCAACCAUCAGAUUUAUUCGAUUACAAAUUGAGAUUUGUCUGAAAAUACUUUUUCUCUUUCUCUUGGAUUUUUAUUGCAAAGAAAACUUGUAUUCUUUCAAACCUGCUGUUUUUUAAAACAAUAAUUUUAUGUAAUUACUGUAACCUAAUGUUCCUUUACGUUUUGAUGAAUCUAUUAUUGUACUUAGGUGUAUUUUAUAAGAAAGUUUUGCUAAAUGCACUGAGCUUUAAAGAAACUUCUCUGAAACUGGAUUUGUUUCAGAACAGAAGUAGUAAGCAGCAGGUAGCUUGCAGAAGCUGAUGGCUACUGUACCAGUAAACUGCAUUUCACACCAUAAAGCCUUACAGGCAGGACUCCUGUCCUGCUGCACAAUACCUCUUAGACAUUAGGUGCAUGAGACAUGGCUAGAAGCUUGCAAGUGCAGUGCUAGUAGGUGAUGGGAAGAUGUGAACAGGCUCGUUGAAGAUAAGAUUUUGUUACUGUUAUAGAAGCACAUGCUGCAUGUAGGCAGGAUGGCUUCUUGACUGCUUCACAACUUGUGUCAAGCCAUUUAUGGUGUCUGCAGAGUGAGUACGAGUUGGGACCGUCCAAUUUGGUUUUUUUUUCAUGGCAAUCCUAAAGAGAAAGCCUUCAUGGUGGUUCCUUUGCUUGUCUCAACUUGAUAUCCUGCUCUGCUGAAUGCUGAUGAGUAGAUAAUUGGAUGUUUAUAUAUGGAAUCCAUAAGCAUUCAUCAUUGUGUGUCCCAAUGUCUGUCCCACCCUCUUUCACAGGAGGUAAAAUUAAAUACUGAGGGUUGUGCUGGUUUAUACAGUCAUCCCAAGAUCUGUGAGAGUCAGGGGUGGACCCUUUACAAUAUUUGUUGAAAGCACCACGUUAAAAACAAGCCACUUGAUUCUGGGGGUUGGUUUGAAAAAACACUCCCUCGGAUAUAUGCGAGAUUGUUUCCCCUACUCCUGGAAUUUUUAAGUAGCUCAUACAUACCUUUGUUACCAUUAUCUUUCUCGUUUUCAUUUUGCUCACAAAAUGGAAGUGAAUUAUUACAGCUGUGCUUGGUUAACUAUGUCUUUUUUAGGCUUAGAAAUUAAGCUCUUAGCAGGUUAUGAGUAGAAAUGUUUCACCUCUAUUUGCACAGGAGUGUCUUAGGCUUUAUUACUACUGUUCUCACCUGGGUUUUUUGUGCCAAAGGCUGUAAGAAGCACACACCAGGUUUUGUAGCAUUUUCUGAUACUCAGGUUAACUCGUCAUUUUUUUCCUUUUUCUGCACAUGUGUAUGAGCUGCCUUCCUAUGGUUUCCUUCUGAACUGUUACUCACCUGCCUUAAGAGCUGUUGGAACAGAAUACUAAUGGGGCAGUUGAGUGGAAAUAAAACAAGAAAAAAUCAACAGGCUCCAGACUCACAGUCUCAAAUAUGGCUAGUCCUCAUGGAAACCACGCAGCCACUGUUCUCCCUGCUGGAAAAAGGACUUCAGGGCUUGCUCGGCAAUUUGGUGCCAAAGGAGCAGGUUAACAACAUGCACUAAAACUGGGGCUUAGCUCCGCUGCCUGAGAGAUGGUUUGGUGUUUGACACAGAAGGAAAAGGUGGUGCAGUGGCGGACUUGGCGUGGGCCUAAAUAUUCAGGUUAAAUAAAAACAGAAGGAAGCAUGGGGUUUUUUUUAUUUGUUUACCCUGAGACUUCAGUUUGAGGAGCGCUACAGGUUUACUCCUUUUGUGGUGGGUCGGUUUGUUUUUUUGGCAGAGGGUCCAUAAGCAGUUUUAGUACAAUACAGGAAAGUUGAAGCGAGGUUGUACAUAGAAACUGAAAAAGGAGAUAAAAGCAAACUGUAAACACAAGUUACUCUAAAACUGGCAUAAUGCCUCUGGCUGGCUAUGAGUUAUGGCCUAUGUUAUUGGCUCUCUAAUGGCCUUAAUGAGUCUUAUUCUUUGUAUUCUAGUUAUGAAACAGGGUUUUGCAUAAAUGUAAUUUUUUUUGUUUCUAGAGUUAAAAUUAUCCUUCCUUGUGACUGAAAAGAGAUUAGUAUGCCUCAGUAAGUUGACUUUGUGUGGUAAGUUUUGUUUCUACAUGAUUAAACCCAAGUUUGGGUUUAAUUUCUACUAAGAUCCACUAUGCAAGAGAGACAAAAUGUGGUACUGUUGAGGAAUGUCAUAUCCUUUUGCCUUUAUUUGGGGUGUGUGUGUGUGCUUACAUGUGCACUUGCCAUGGAGUGUAUUAUGACCUUACCUGUAACACAGGAAUGGCCUUACUGCACUGGACAUGUACCAUACUGUCUAUGAAGACAAUAAUAGCGAGGUAAGGAACUGAUACUUGCAUCAGAAAAUACUGAUUUUUACAGCUUUUCUUUCAGCACAUUGAAUGACUGAACCACAGGCCUUUUAUCAUCAGCUGCUUGAGAGAGAGAUUCUGUCAGUUAUAAGGUACUAAGAAGCCCUGAAUGGUUACGGUCACUGAAAGAAAAAUAGCAUAGUUCUGUUUCUCUGCAGACUCUCAAAUGGCCUUGAGAUGUGUGUGAUUGCUUUGGCUGACUUGUGUAAUGUGGGACCCCUGAUAACAGCUUUGGAGGAAAGAACUUUUAAUCGUUCUGGGUGUCCCGCUUAGUAAAACAAAGUACUGUGAAAAUAAGUUGAUAUAUUUGCUACUGUGAGAAUGAGUUUAUCUGGAGUCUUUUAUACUUUAUUGUGUAUUUUUAUAUAUGAAAAGUAUAUAUAAAAUAUACACAUGCUCACACACAUGGUGUAUCUCUUGGAUCUGCUGUGUUUUAAGUGACAUAGCAGCCACAAUCAUUUUCGUCUGAUGUGAGAGAGUAAGUAUGAGUGAAAGCUGCAAAAGAAAAAAAGUGCAAAGUGUAGCUGCUGUGUUACUUGUCUACAGUGCUUCUUUUGUAAAGGAAAAAUCAAGGAAAUUGUGUGUAUGGCAAAAUUUGUGACUAAGGCAUCACGUAAUAUUAAAGAGCAACAAAACUAUUUUAAAAUUGCUGGCAUUCAGCUUUUAAGUGCACUUUCCUGAACUAUACUUCCAUUUCUUGUUAGACUUCAAGUUUCUAAAGCUUUUUUGUGUACCACUAAACAGAGAACUUUAACUUUUUUGUGAAACUGAUGUAUGUCAUGAAAUACUUGGAGUUGUUAAAUAAACAAACAUGAUAACAUGA